UUCUUAGGUUUUCACGCACAUCACCCAUUAAAUACUAUAUUUCAAAAAAAAAUAUAGUAGGCGAAACUACUAUCUUUUGCUUACAGCAGAUAUGUACAGUAAUGGCUUUCUUAAAAAAUAAAAAAAAUAUUAUGAUGGCAUCGAGCAGCAAUUAUACAUUUGCCAUCGACUAUAUUUUUAGAGGUAACGGUACUGUAUGUGAUAGAAAUAAAGGUGGUAACCCUUGUGGUGAUGGAAAAAUCUUACAAUUUUUAAGCUUCCAUCUGUCAAGUCCGUUCCGUCUGAAAAGAAACUUCGUUCCAAUACUUUUUGUCUUGAAAACUUUUUUCGAUUUCUGUAAGAAAAAGAAAGUUACAGAGCAAAUUAGAAACUUAACUAACUAAAUAUUAUAUAACCUUAAUUAUCUUAACUACAACUCCAUUCCAUAGCGGUGCAGGCGGUUGUUCCAAUUUUCCGCUGAAAAAUUGCUAAAAUUUUCAUGGUCACUGAUAUUAUAGUACCUAAUUUAUGUUAUUUACGGGACACUUGCAACAGUGCAGAAACAUCGGAGAUUAACAAAUACAAGAAACAUGGUUGCAAUCCCAUAUAACAUAAAUUACUAUAAUAUCAUUUCACAAAGGUUCGUAGGACCGAGGAAAACCGUUACCAUAAUUUUUAGUGUCAGUCUUUUACGAAAUGAUAAAUGAUAGUAAUAAUAAUAUAUACUUAUGUAUAUUUUACAAGAAUAUGUAUGAAUAACAUACAACGAUUUAUCGGAAUAAGCAAAUGCACAUCAAUCAUAACAUAAUUGAAAUAGCUCAGUCAGAGCAUUGAAGAUUUGAGACAAGGAUUUUAUGCGUCACUCCGGAACUGCAUCCGUUCGCUCUGAGAGACCGCGUCGGUGGAGGGAGAACCUUACACCCUGCGAUAUAUAAUGCCUGCACAGUCAGCACCUGGCAAGUGUUUACGCAACCACUACAGUAUGAAGGUUUUGGUGUGUUUGUUAGUGCUGGCAGUGGCUGCACACGCUGGGUUCAUCGGUGGCGGUGGCGGAGGCGGGUGGAGGGGCGGUGGCGGUGGUGGGUGGAGGCGCAGCGGCGGCGGCGGUGGCUGGUCCGGCGGCGGCGGCGGCGGGUACGGGGGAGGCGGCUUCGGAGGCGGCCACGGAGGCGGGGGACAAAUAAGAGUUGUUAAAGUCAUCAGUUCCGGUGGGGGAGGUGGUGGGUUCGGCGGUGGUCAUGGGGGCUGGUCCGGCGGUGGCGGCGGGUUCGGCGGCGGCGGUGGCGGGUUCGGCGGCGGUGGCGGGUACGGCGGCGGCGGCUGGAGGAGAAGCGGCGGGGGCUCCUCCGGUUGGUGGGGAUGAUACACGUCUAUUGUGAUACCUACAACACUAAUAAAACUUUAUUUAUAUACCUUGGACUUUAUUUUAUAAUGGCACGUUGUUGAACGACACCACACUAUACCUUCUUUAUCGUUUAAAGCUCAGAAGAGUCGCGGUCAAAUCAUAUUAGCGAAGCUAAGCGGCGAGAGCGAAAAUCGACGUUUUCAACUUAGCAGCCAUCCUCCUCAUCAAUACUUAUGAAGUGAACGAUAAAUGAAUCAGAAAGUGUCAUCUUCAGCAGCGCAGUCAACAUAGGACCUUGAUAAGUGGAAUAUGCUUAAAUUAGCUAAAUGUUUGCUUUAUAAGUUCAUAUUUACAAUUUGUUCUCGUAGAUUGAUUAGGUAUUUUAAUCGAUAAUCUGGUGGGACUGCGGUUAGGACUAGAAUAUCCCAAAUUUUCGGGAAAAUACUCAAUUUUUAAGAGUUAUAUUUAAAAAUAUGUCAGGCUUGCAGAGUUUAAGAACCAUUCAUAUUGUAGAGAUUUUUUAUAAUUUAAAAUGCAUAUCUGAUUUUAUAGAUAGGAUGGCCUUUCAAAAGUUCGGGGGUUUUGGCGGACCACGCAGUUAGCACAGGUCUUUCGAAGCUGCAAAAUUGUUAUUACACUGGUGGUAUCUAUCCUAACAACAUACCAAAAAUUUGUAAAGUGCAAUUUAACCUACCAUGUCUUAAAUGUCUUGCCUAUAGAACCGUUUAUUUCAUUAGAUGAUUAGUGAACGCGCGAGCAUCUGUAUUUGUUAGUUCUUUUAUAUCUUAUUAUAAAGUUGCGGAGAUAUUAAAGUUUGUUAAGGUUACUUACUACUAAACAACAAUCACGAAAGUUAUUGAAUAAUUUUAAUAGCAAAUCAACAUUAGAUUAAAAUGCUCAAGGUAUAAUGUAUCCACUUCUUUGCUUUAAAAAUAUAUCGUUACAACGGACCUUGCUAUUAGUUAUUUUAUUCAUUCGUCAGUGAUUACACUCAAAAGAUUUACGAAUAACAGACAUAGUUGAAUACAAAAUAUUAAGAUACAUAGCAGGUUUCCCGCUCGACAUGGAGCGCCCGCCCAUCUGAAUAAAAGAUGGGAUUUUUGGAUAUUCAGCGCUUCAGGGGUUUAAUUAGGGAAAUUUCGUUAUUUUUCAAGAAAGAAAUGUGAAAAAAGAAAUGUAGUUAAGCUUAUUAUAUUUUUAAUUUAAGCUACAUGCUAGAUUUAUAAAUCUAUUGAAAAUAUUAUUAAAAAAAAUAAACGCGGUCCAGGCAUCAUCUGCCCGGAUAGCGGAUGGUGCGGGUUCAAAGUCCCGUCUGACCGCGUGGAUUUUUUUCUAGUAAUAUUUUGUACAAGUUACUUAGUUGUUAAUUAGGUGUCUAGUCUGGUUACUUAUAAUACCAGAAAAAUACAGUAUUUUUUGGA